AGAAAACACCAUGUCUGCUAUAGACCCCUAUCAAUACAUCAUUGUGGAGCAGCAGUACUCACACAAGUACAAGGUGAAGGUAGUGCGGGCUGAGAAUGUUACGAAAGGCGCUCUGGGAGACUUGUUGGACACUCCAGACCCCUAUGUGGAGCUGUUUAUUCCCACUGCCCCUGAGAGCAGGAAGAGGACACGAAACAUAGAUAAUGAUAUUAACCCGGAAUGGAAUGAGACAUUUGAGUUCAUACUCGACCCCAAUCAGGAAAACAUCCUAGAAUUGACCCUCAUGGAUGCCAACUACGUGAUGGAUGAAACGCUUGGCACAGCGUCGUACAGCAUCUCUAAACUCAAAGUGGGGCAGACAGAAACGAUUCCGUUUCUCAUUGGAAAAGCAACCAAGGUGUAUUUAGAGAUGUCCCUGGAGGUCUGUGCGGCCAUGGACCUACGCUUUAGCCUGGCUCUGUGUGACAAGGAGAAACUGUACAGGCAGAGCCGUCGCGAGAGGGUGAUGCUGGGUAUUAAAAAGCUGCUAGACAUGGAGAAACCUCGUUUCCUCCCAUCCUCACCACAGGAGGUGCCUGUGAUUGCUGUGGUGGGAUCUGGAGGAGGAUUCAGGGCCAUGGUGGGCUUUUCGGGGGUGAUGAAGGCGCUGUAUGAGUCUGGAGUUCUGGACUGUACCACCUACAUCGCUGGUCUCUCUGGAUCCACCUGGUAUAUGUCUACACUUUACUCUCAUCCAGAGUUUCCGAAUAAGGGCCCAGAGCAGAUCAAUAAGGAGCUGAUGAAGAGCGUGAGCAGCAACCCACUCCGACUGCUCCUUCCCCAGCACAUUACUAACUACAUCCAGGCACUGUGGAGCAAGAAGGCCGCGGGCCAGCCUGUCACCUUCACUGAUGUCUUCGGCAUGCUGAUAGGAGAGACCCUCAUACCUGCUAGGAUGGACUCCAAGCUGAGCGACAUGCAGGAAAAGAUCAAUGAAGCCCAGUGUCCAAUGCCCCUGUUCACCUGCCUGCAUGUUAAACCUGACGUUUCAGAGCUCAUGUUUGCUGAUUGGGUAGAAUUCAGCCCAUACGAGAUUGGAAUGGCUAAAUACGGCACAUUCAUGACCCCUGACCUUUUCGGUAGCAAAUUCUUCAUGGGAACUGUAGUUAAAAAGUAUGAAGAAAACCCCUUGCACUUCCUCAUGGGGGUCUGGGGCAGUGCUUUCUCUAUUCUCUUUAACCGUGUGCUGGGAGUAAAAGACACAACAGGCGGAUCUACCAUGGAAGAGGAGUUGGAGAACAUAAAGCCUGAGCACAUCGUGGGAGAGGACAGUCUAGACAAUGAUGAGGAACCUCGCAAAGCUGGUUCAGAGAAUCAGGAAGGAGAAGAUGAGUACCACAGACACGCCCAGGCCAGCUGGGUGCAGCGAAUGUUCACGUCCCUGUUUAGCGACUCGGCUCUCUUCAACACGCGCGAGGGUCGGGCGGGCAAGGUGCACAACUUCAUGUUAGGCCUCAACCUCAACACCAGCAUGCCCUUCUCCCCCUUCAGCGACCUCAUGUACCAGAACACCGCUGAAGAGGAGCUGAUUUCUUUUGUUUCUGGAAUAUUCUCAGACCCAGAUGAAUUUGAUCGCAUCUACGAGCCGCUGGAUGUGAAGAGCAAGAAGAUACACGUGGUGGACAGCGGUUUGACCUUUAACCUGCCGUAUCCGCUGAUCCUGAGGCCUCAGCGUGGCGUCGACCUCAUCAUCUCCUUUGAUUUUUCAGCUCGACCUAGUGACUCAAGCCCACCGUUUAAGGAACUUCUGCUGGCUGAAAAAUGGGCACGUAUGAAUAAGCUUCCGUUUCCUAAGAUUGACCCCAAAGUGUUUGAUCGAGAGGGCCUGAAGGAGUGCUACGUCUUCAAGCCCAGAAAGGGGGACAAGAACUGCCCUACAGUCAUCCACUUUGUCCUGGUCAACAUCAACUUCCGAAAAUUCAAAGCCCCCGGCGUUGCCCGGGAGACUGAGCAAGAGAAGGAGUUUGCAGACUUCGAUAUCUUUGACGAUCCCGAAACACCAUAUUCCACCUUUAACUUCCAAUAUUCCAACCAGGCCUUCAAACAACUUCAUGACCUCAUGGAGUUCAAUACCCUAAACAACAUAGAGGUAAUCAAAGAGGCCAUAAAGGAAAGCAUCGUUUAUCGAAAGGAGAACCCAUCUCGUUGUUCCGUGUCCCUCUCGCUCAACGAGAUCCAGAACAAAAAGUUCUUAAAGAGGGAGACCAGAGGAAAGGCGCGGAACUGAGGACUGCGGGUGACUGGCCGACCUCUCGACUUAACGGCCGACUCGAUCUUGUUCUGUAAAAAAAAAAAAAAAACUUCUCAUUUUUAAUCAUGAUAAUUUCUCCAUCAAAUGAAAUGCAUGGUGAUUUGGCUGUUCCUAAAAAAAAAAAAAAACAAAAAGGAGAAGAAAAAAAAAGGAAAACCCAAAACAGCGAGAGACCUCAAGUGCUUUGCUAAUCUCUUGAGAUAAACUGAAACCAUGGAGACCGUGUGUUUUGCACAUUUUUUAAAAAAAAUGUUUUUUCAAACAUGCCAAGUUCAGGAAACUGUGGUAUGGGGAUUCCCAAACACCUAUAUACACCUUAAAGAGUGAAUAAAGAUUUCCAUGUGCUCAGCAUUAUUUGUAAAUAUAUUGUACGUAUGGGUCUCUUUGCUAUGGAAGGUUUCCAGUCUCACAAUCCUUGCUAAUAUUUCAACCAAGCAGCCCCUUGUAUUUCAAAUG